UGCGGGUGCUUCGCCCCUUCCCCGCCGCAGCCACAUUGCACAAGAUGAAGGAGUUGAGGAGUGUGACAGCGCUGGCACACACUGUUAAAGCUAUGGCUUUCUUUACUGCAAUAUCGGGCGCGUUCGUGGCCGGACUGGACGCGGGUCUGGUGUACAACUCGUUCCCGAAGAUGGGCGAGCGCUGGUUGCCGGAGGACAUCCUGGCGCUGACUCCGACGAGGCGCAACUUCACCGAGAACCCCACCACUGUGCAGUUCGACCACCGCGUGCUCGGCACCGCCACCCUCGCCGCCGCCACCACCCUCGCCCUCCUCGCGCGCCGCCGCACCCUCUCGCCCCCCGCCACCACCCUCGCGUAUGCUGUCGGAGCCAUGGCCUGGGCACAGGUGUGCCUGGGCAUAGCGACGCUGGUGACGUACGUGCCGACUCCGCUGGCCGCCAGCCACCAGGCCGGCUCACUGACGCUGCUCACCCUCGCCCUCUGCCUCACGCACGAGAUCAAACUCCUCAAGUACAUACCCAAGUGAACCGCAUCACAUCACAUUGUGCUAAAUCCUACGCAUUUAAUGAGUUAACUGUUGUAUUAUAAACCAUAGCUGUUACAACAAUAACCGUAUCUUUGUUUAAACUGUUAUAAAGUUCACAAAUGUUUUCUUGCAUUGGAAACACACGGAGUAACAUUGUUACCUUGUUGAGUUCAGUCGACACAGUAUUGUAACAUGUUUCAGUGAAACUUCUUUAUAUUAUAAGUUAACAAGCGGAUACUUGAAUUCAAUAAAUUCAGGAAGAACGCACAUAAAGAUUAAUUCUAUGAUGCAAUAAUAUGCUUUACACAUCACAUCCUCCAUCAAAUCCACUUCCUCUUCACAUUAUUUCCUUGUAAGAAAGGGUAGGAAGGGGAAGUGGACUAAAAUUAUACCUCCGAGUAUUAAAACUAAUGUUAAUCUUCAAAUUAAUAUUUGUAUUGUAAAUGUGUCGCGUGAAAC